AUGAAGUUUACAAACAUACCGAGACGACUUUGGGAGCACAAGAAAAAGACGACAUUUGUAUCUGUUGUUGCUUAUUUCACGGGUUGGAAAGUUUACAGUUGGAAAAGAGAUUGUGAUAUACGAGCUGUAUAUGCUCGAGAAGCGAAGCAAUUUGGCGAUGCACCGUUAGCUUCGGGAGAACGUUUACGACGUGUCACUGUUUUGGUAGAUACGACCUGUGCGGGUGCUUUCGAUAAUUUUAAAAAAAAUGCUUUGCCAUUAUUAAAUUUAGCUGGUUUACAAGUGGAUAUAAUCAAGCCCACUAAUAUUUCUGAAUUCAAAACUAUUACGGAACAUAUUGAUACAGCCGAAUGCGAUGCUCUAUAUGUUAUUGGCGGAGAUAGUGCUUUAAGCGCUGUUCUAAGCUCGGUGUAUCGUCAAAAGAAUAUUUCACCGGUACCUAUUGGUGUUUUUCCAGGUGGUUCUGAGAAUCGAUCACUAAUUGGUUUGGUCCCCAAUGUAUUUGCAGUUCAAAAUGACAUCCGUCCAUACUGUGAAAGUGCUAUGGCUCUCAUCGAAGAACAAAUUCGACCUAUUUAUCUGUCAAGAAUAAAACUUGAGAACUUAGAAAGCAGCACAGAUGAAGGAAAACAACCGCUUUACGGUGUAUCAGGUUUGCAUGCUGGUUGGUACGAUAGAGUUGAGACAAAUAAAGAUAAACUGUGGUACUGGGGUGGAUUAAAACGCUGGAUUGCUUAUAUCACAGCUUAUUUGCGAUCUCUGAAGCAAUAUCCAGAAAUAGAGCUUAAUAUGAUUUGUGAGGAAUAUUGUGCCGGUUGCUGUAAAUGUCGGUCACAGUCUAUGAUUGAAGAGACAAAACAGCAAAAGAAUAAGAAGUGGUGGCAUUAUAUUAUUGGCUCACAUAAUUAUACUAGUGCGAACAAUAUAAAACCAAAAAUGGACUACUCAGCAAUAAAGAACGAGAACUGCGGGAAAACUAGGGAAAUAAAAGUGAAAGCAGUUGAUGUAACGUUUGAGAAUAUCCAAGAUCAGGAUGCAUGCGGCCUUCGUGUUCGUACUGGAGGUGCGGGAUGUAGUGGAAUUAGUUUAUUGAUGGACGGUUGGAAAAGGUGCCAAACAAAGCAAUUUUCUGGAUCUCCCGAUACUGAUUUCUAUCAAAAUAAUCUCUUUGUUAAAUCGGUAGUUUUAACAUUUAGUUUGCUGCCAGACGCUUUUAAAAAAAUAACAAUAUUCGGCAAUGAUUAUAAAGUGGACAAUGAUUUAAGAACCCGAAUACUUCUCGAAUCAACUAAUAAAUAUGUCAAUAUGUAUCUUCCAUCUAAAAUACGGGUAUCUUGA